AUGCGAAGAUCUCUCACCUCGAAAAGCCGCAGCCUCUGCGCCAGCUGCUGCGCGCAGCAAAGGACAUGCGCGCCGCUGGCCACGGCAGCCACGAGGACGUACUCGACGACGAGGUCGACGCCACGAGUCCCACCGCACAAGCAGGCGAGGCAGCAGCAGCACCGCAGCGCACAGCACAGGUGGCUGUCCUCGCAGUCCCAACCCGAAGCCGCCGAGGAAGCCCAACAAGAACGAGACCAAAGCCAGCCGGCCGACAAGAACUGGGACCACACAAAGCGCCUGCCAUACUACGACCUCUUCCCCGAGUCCCUGCCCCAGGGCCCGCCGCCCCAGGGGCCCUUCGACAUCGACGUGCGCGCCCUCCGCCGCGAGUUCCUGCGCCUGCAGGCCGCGAGCCACCCGGACUACUUCCACUCCGCCUCGACUUCGUCCUCCUCCUCCGCACCCGACACAGACAACACCGCAGCAGCGAAGCGCCGCCGGCAGGCCGAGGCGACGUCGAGCCACAUCAACGCCGCCUACAAGACGCUGUCGCACCCGCUCCUGCGCGCGCAGUACAUCCUCGCCGAGCGGUACGGCGUCGACCUCGCGGGCGACGAGGCGGGCAGCCACAGCGCCGGCGCCGGCGGGGCGGCGGCCGACCCGGCCCUGCUGGCCGAGGUCCUGGAGGCGCGCGAGGCCGUCGACGAGGCCGAGUCUGAGUCCGACCUGGAGGGCCCGAUGGCCGAGAACGAGGAGCGGAUCGGCCGGUGUCUCGAGGGCCUGCGGCGGGCGUUCUCGGAGGGGGAUAUUGAUGGUGCCGUCGGGGAGGCGGUGAGGCUGAGGUAUUGGGAGAGCAUCAAGGAGGGGAUUAGGGGGUGGGAGAAGGGGGUUGGCGGGGGGCUUUUGCACCACUAG